AUGAAAGUGAGAGAGCAGGAAUGCGCCGGGGCGAGGAGCGCGCGGAGGGUGCUACGGUGUAGCAAAAUCGCACCUGGCUGUUGGCUGUCAUCAGCUGUUACGUUGUGUUUGACGAAGAAGUGUUCGAGGCAAGACGCAGGGGCGGCGGCGACACAGCCCCAGCUCGCCGCAAGACACACCAGCACCGCACACCGCAUUGCAAAAAUCACCAGUUUUAUUUACACAACACACGCGACUACAAAAGCGGCACAAGCUCCCGCAUCAGAGCACAUUCCCCGACUGACGGACGACGACUGGCCUGACGCGACCGCGAACCCACCGCGUUGCCAACAGAGUACGGACUGCCGCGCCUGUCUGGGGAAUUAG